AUGUCGAGUGUUUUCUGGCUGGCUGGACUCGACGGUCUAGUGACUGCAAUCAACAGUCCGGACUUUACCGUGCGGGAUGAAGUCACGUAUAUACCUGAUAAUGCCUCAAUCAGGUCGAUGCUGCCACUGCUCUCGGAAGAGGGCAAGAUCCCUGGGGCAGUAUACAGGAACUACUGUGGCCCCGCUCCUGAUGUUUCGAUGAUCGCCUUUCCGCUCCGGGAUUUCACCAUCCCGGCAUCUGUCACUGGCUCCGCCGUCUCUUUCCGUUCCGUCGCCAGCAGAGCUUCCCCCAGCAGGUUCUCUCUGCCCGGUUCUUCAAAAAGCGGCCAAGCCAUGCCUGCCGAGACAUCGAACGGAGAUUCAUCAGCUCUUUGGGGAGCAAUCUACUCUUCUGCGGCCUAUCUCGAUCAGCACUCACUUGCGCCAUGGCACGGGCCUGGAAUCUAUACCACGCCGCCUCUUGAGCGGGCCGGUGCACCGCAAGCUCUAUGUCAGAGCCGCUGUGAAGGAAAGGCCCAGCUGCACAUUGCUCCGCGAAUGGACGCUGCGUCAUCCCGCCCAUAUGACUUGAAUUACAAAGGCGCUCAAGGGGCGCUGAUGGUUUUCCGGAGACCCGACUUCCACCGAGUGAGUGUCUGGGACCCAAGUGGUGAUGAGUGGGCAGUCAUCGCCGCCUAUUGGACAGGGCGCAUUCUAUCAAAUGCGCAGGCGGAGUUCCUGCUGGCCGGGCCAGCGAUCUCAUCAGGGGUCCGAUGUCUCGGUCUGGAGAGGGUCGGGGAGCAGGUCUUGUUUGAUGUAUAUUUAGCUUGGUCACUCAGAAGCUCCGCGAGGCGCGAUUUGCCCGCUCCCAUUUUGAGUGUCGAUGUACCGGCACACAGUGGCAGCCGCAAUAAAAAGUGGAUGCCUCGUGGCGCCGGUCUUUGUCUGAUUGUUACGACUGAAGACAUUCCUGAUCUCUCGAAAGGUUUCACCUGCGAUAUCGUGAAGCGGCCCAGCGGCAAUGAUACGACUGUCAGUUCUACUCAGUGA